AUGGCUCCGAAAACACUCACAAGCCUGCCUUCUGAGAUUCGUCAGCAAAUCUUCAGAGAGAGUCUGAAGGUAGAUGGGGGCUAUGUCUACGAUGUUCAGACUGAUAAACUGACGAAUGCCGACGGCACCGCGAUUGAUCUAUCCCUUCUUUAUACUUGUCGCUCGAUCGCGAACGACACUAGAGCGAUGCCGCUGGCAGUCAAUACUAUCCGGUUCUCGACUGUAUUUCGCCAAGACUGGUGUAACUUGGCUGGCUGCUUCACUCUUGCUGCUACCACUCACUACGUUCUGGAGCAAGACUUUGUGUUUCAUUUAGCCCAAUUCAUCACUCCUGAGAUGUUCGCCGAGGUCGAGUUAAUAUGCCCGGGCUUUCAGGAACAACUCAAGAUUGAGGUCGUCAAGCACAACGCAUGGAUACAUGACAACGAGAACCCAGAAUACAUAUUCCCGACUGACAGGUUGCGACCCGCCAUGUGCAGCAUGAUACGACAAUUUAUGAAAAGGGUCGACUUGCUCAACGUGAAUGCGCCGUCGGUGGGCUGCCUUGAGUUUCGUCUUCUGCACACUGAAGCCGAUGCAAACGUCAGAGGUAGCUUAGGGAAUCGAUGGCGAACGGAAUGGGCCCAAGGUGAACUGCGGGAGGCAACAAGGCAUUGUCUAAAACUCAUCUCCGAGGCGCAACCGGCUGAGUUUGCGACAUACGUAUACAAUUCACUCCCCCAUUGGAUUGGAAGUCGCCCUGCCGAAGACUUUAUCAACUUGAGAUUCAACCUGUGGGACAUCCCUUCUCAAAAGCGAGUGGCCCAGAUGCUGGAGUUGUUUGAGAUUAGGCCGUUUGUUUGGGAUCUUCCAGCUACCUGGUACUACACACCGCGUAGCUUCUACGAUCAAGUCGGCAAAGACGUUCCGCAAGAUCGACGUUCUCCUGAGUUCGAGAAACCGGACAAUUUAUUGGAGCACUUCACCACUCGAUGUCGGGAGAAGCUAAGGUUUUCUGCCACCGCUGCUGCAAUUCACUUUCUUCAACGAAUUCCGACUAGCCAGCGGAAGCAGAUGAGACGGAUUGUAUUGCAUGAGGACUUGCCAUCGGUGAAUCUGCCUUCUCGCCAUUCCCAAGGGUUCAUUCCUUUUUUGAAAGAGAACCCCUUGCUUCGAGUCGAGCGCCGUGCCAACGUUUUUGGCUGCAUCGCAAGUCAGCGUCCCUACAACAUUAUCGCUCACAUGGACAGUGAGGGGGAGGGGAGGAUGCUCUCACCGCCAGUGAUUGUGGACCGAGAGUUUGAGUCUAGUAUAUACCACUGGCUCCUUGAUGCUUUCGCGGUGGUGGAUUCAGGCAUUAACACCAACUGCUUCACUUUUGUUUUGGAAGCUGGGCAACACAGCGAUUACUGCUCUGAACUUUUCCAACAGGUCAUCCAGGCGGAGAUCUCCAAGUCGAAGGCUUGGAAGAUCUGCUUGGACACCGAGCUUUUGUCAUCUGUGAGACCAAGUACACUGGAGGAUAACACGACAAGAUAUGCAAAGGAUCCGAGGUUUGAGCAACUUGUUGAUCAAUUGGUGCACCAAACAUCGAUCUUCCGGUGCGACUUCAACCCCGGGGUACCAUUAGAUGUAGACGAAUUGGUUGAGGAUGCCAAGUUACGGCACGGUGAGAAUAUUUUCGAUAAGUGGGUGAGCCAGUGGCUUUUUGAGACGAUUCCAUUGCCACAUGAUCUGUACCAUGAUGUAAUGGUGGCUCCCAACUGGGAGUUUCAGACCCGACAGAAGUAUAUUGAGUCAAAGUGA